AUGAAGCCUCUUAAAGAAUGUAAUCAUGCCUUUCCUUGUUUCGAUGAGCCAGCUUUGAAGGCGACCUUCUCCGUAUCUUUAGGUCAUCACAAAAACUAUACAAGCCUGAGUAAUACUGAGAAAUAUAGAACUACACCAAAAAUGUCAACCUAUUUGUUGGCUUAUUCGCUCAAUCAGUUUUCACACAUAUUUAGUCAAACGCAAGGCCCGAGCUCAAUUAAGUUUCGUACUUGGGUCCGUUCAGAUGCCCUUCAAAAUGCGACCUAUGCCGCUGAUGUUGCACCUAAAAUACUUCAUUACUUUGAGGAGCUGUUUAAAAUACCAUUUCCCAUACCAAAAGUAGAUCAGUUGGGUAUGUCAGAAUUUAAAUAUGCUGGUAUGGAAAACUGGGGCUUAAUUGAGUAUAGAGAGUCGGCUAUCCUACACAAUCCAGAUGAAAAUAAUAUUGGGAAAAAGCAGCACGUUGCUGAUCUUAUAGCACAUGAAUUGGCCCAUAUGUGGUGGGGGAACCUCGUGACAAUGUCCUGGUGGGGUGAUGCGUGGCUUAAGGAGGGAUUUUGUAAAUACUUCAGCGCUGUUGCGGUUGUUCACGUUCACCCAGAAUGGAAACAUUUCUUUGAAUCUUAUGGCAGAUUACAGCUCCAUGCAUUUGAUCAUGAUGAAAUACUUUUGAACGAAACCAUUCCCAUAUCACAUUCAAUUGUACAGAGUAAUCCGGAAGAAAUUUUAAGGUACUCUACCAUUUUCUAUAAAAAAGCUGCCUCAGUAAUAGGCAUGAUGUCUGCUAUAUUGGGCAGUGAAGCCUUCUACGAUGGACUGCGAUCGUAUCUAAAAGACAAUGCCUAUGGGAGCACAACGCUGAAUCAGCUUUGGAAUCAUUUGCAAUCAGCCAGCGAUCGUGUGGGUGCAUUGGACAAAGCUUAUAACAUAAGAACUAUCAUGGAGUCAUGGACCCUACAAAGAGGAUACCCUUGCAUCAAGGUUCAGCGUAAUUAUCAAACGAAUGAGGUCACUGUAAGCCAGAACCACUUCGCCAAUGACACAAAAUCGUGCUGGUGGGUGCCCCUUAGUUUUACAACCCAAUCAGAGAGCAACUUUAAUAAUACUCGGCCCCGUUUUUGGCUCAAGUGCAAUGCGAAGGGCAUGGCCAAAGCUGUAACGGUAAACCUCAAAUCAUCAGAAAAUGAAUGGAUUGUCUUUAAUAUCCAAUCAAUGGGGAACUACAGAGUUUAUUAUGAUCCCCGGAAUUUGAAAAUGAUAAGUGAUAGUUUACUUCUCCCGGACCAUGGAGGCAUCCAUGUCUCAAACAGAGUUCAGGGAUUGUAUAUACUUCACUCAAAUGCAACCUAA